UACGUACAUACAUUCAUACAAAUAACAUAUUCCUAGGGCAAGAAACAACCACCAAAAAUACUAAGCAACUACAAACAAACAUACCUAGGGUAUGAACCACCACCAAUCCGCAACACUGAGCCACGCACGUUCACACUCACUCAUUUGUGUAAGCAAUUUCCCCUGCAUACACACCGCUUGUAUUUGUUGGAUUGCUUUCUGUGUUGCCUUGACUCGUCUUUGGAUUUUCGUGCUACGUUCGUUUGGUCGUUUGGCACUGCUUGGACUCUCUCGCUGCGUUUUGGAAUUCAGUCGGCAACGAUAAUUAGUGUUGGUAGUACGUAGUCGUAUCGUUGUAUCGUGAUAUCUCCAUGCACAACAGUGUUCAGCUUCUGCGACAAACAGCUACACUCGGCGUCAACACUACUAGCCCAGUAAUUAUUGCAGUGAACGCGUUUGCGGCGCAAUUUACAGAACGUCGUCAUUGUGAUCGUCAUCAUUAUAUUGUAUGCACGUCCGUGGACGUCCCAUAUUCGAGUCCACAACCAUCAUCGUCAUCAUUGGACACAAAGUUUUUACGAAUUAUAUCAAGUUAAUUGUAGCAACAACAGUCACAGUUAAUAAAAUAAGAAUUUGUGAACAACUGGGCCAACAUUUCUGUUUCGGCAGAGCAAUUUUAUAACGGCAACGUACAGGUAUAUAUCCAAAGCAACAAUUUGGACAAAGCUUGUAAUUAUGAAAAAUAUUGAUUAGUGCAUUUGUGCUUUUGGAAUUCGGCUUUGGUGUGCGAACGAUAUUAUUUGGAAUAACAGAAAAAUGAAAAUAUUGAAUAUAAGCGCAAAACGGUGAACAUUUGUGCAGAAGUAAAUGAAAAAAAAUUGACUCAAAACGGAAUGCAAAAAGGAGAAAAUCGCUUUUGCCGGCAGUGUAGCUUUAAUAAAACGACAGAACACGUAAUUAUAUAGUGCACCCGCUACCGACCACGAACGAGGGCCUAUAAUCAUAGUGUGAUGAUAACAAGUGUAAAGUGUGCCAUAAUGCAGUAAGAAGAACGAAUAAAAGCAAAACAUAAUAAAUAAUAGACAAAACAAAAUCAAAACACGCGUGAGAGCAAUGACAAUUACUAUAAAAAAGAAGACGAUUAAACUUUAAAGAAAAAAAGUGAAACAAGUGUAUGUAUUAAAUAAAUAUUUAACAAAUCAGUGAAGCGACAUAUUAGUAAACUAUAAUACUAUAAAAAUGAUUGACGCUGCCUGCAAUUAUUUAAAUCCCUACGCAACCGCCUCACUUGCUGCUGCCGCCGCGACUAUGCCGGCCAUCGGUAGUAAUCAUCAUCAUCAUCUCCAACAUCAACAGCAACAGCCUGGUGCUGCUACAUCAUUAACCGCUGCCGCCGCAGCAGCAGCUACAAUUACACAAUCUGCGACACAUUUUUCAACAUUGGCUGGCCAAAUGAGUAAUAAUGCCAGCGCUAGCAACACACAUCUCGGUGGUUUCACUACAAGCGCCAGCAAUUUCACUUCGCUUUAUGGACAAAAAUCUGCAAUAGCAGCAUCCUCCACAGACGCUUGUAGUGCACUUGCCAUGAAAAUGGAAAUGCAAUAUCCGCCACAAUCAUCCUCUACCGGUACGGCUUCGCCAAUAUCGAGCCAACAUUCGGGACCUUCAUCGGCGUCUGUCUCGCCAACCAGCAUAUUUCCAUCACCCGCCCAGUCAUUUGCCUCGAUUUCCUCGAGUCCGCCUGCAUCGGCAACCUCAUCGUCGGUGUCGCCACUUUCCGGCUCACCGAGCACCGCUCAGGCUGUAGCAGCACAUGCUAGCGCAGCUGCGGCAGCCGCAGCCGCUGCAUCGAAUACUGAUUUAGGUGCAGCUGCGGCUGCAAGUGCAGCAUAUUCGUGGAACACCUAUUCAGCGGCAGCAGCGUUGCCUACACGUACACAAUUUCCGUACGCUCAAUACGCCUCGGAUUACUACGGCAACGUUGGCAUGUCUGCUUCGGCUGCAGCCGCUGGCGCUUGGUUUUCGCACCAGGAUCGACUUUAUCAGCCCUGGUCGAGUCAGGCAUAUGCAAGUUUCAACUUUGACGACAUCGCCUUCCAGACACAACUGCAGCGUCGCUCGGUUCGUUGCACAUGCCCCAAUUGUGCGAACGAAAUGUCCGGUCUGCCACCAAUUGUUGGUCCAGAUGAACGUGGUCGAAAGCAACAUAUCUGUCAUAUACCCGGCUGUGAGCGACUCUAUGGCAAAGCAUCACAUUUGAAGACACAUUUGCGUUGGCAUACCGGUGAGCGGCCAUUUUUGUGCCUGACCUGUGGAAAACGCUUUUCCCGUUCUGAUGAGUUGCAACGGCACGGACGUACGCAUACUAAUUAUCGUCCGUACGCCUGUCCAAUCUGUUCGAAGAAAUUUUCUCGUAGUGAUCAUUUGAGCAAGCAUAAAAAGACGCACUUUAAGGACAAAAAAAGUAAGAAAGCGCUUGCAGCAGAAGCUAAACAACAAUCAUCGGCAGCAAAGCCGGAGAAAGUUUCGGAUAAUCAACAGGAAAAGACAACGCCAACUGGCAGCAGUCUCAACAGUUCAAAAUCAUCGGCUGCGAGUCAGUCCGGUGUUUCGUCGUUGGCAAGUAAUAAUAACAACAGCAAUGUCACGACGAAGCAGCUUACUCCUUCAGCCACAGCCGCGACUAGACUCGCAGCGUCCACAACAACACCAACACAACUGCAAAUGAAGACAGAACAACCAGAUGCCAUGGGUGGCUACAAUGCAUAUUCGAAUUUGUACCACCAAAGCACAUCGCUCUUCCAUCAUACACAUCCACUUUCCGGUGCUGGUCUCUAUAGUGGAGGUCUGCAACAACAUUCUGGAUCACAACAACAGCAACAGUCAGCAGCUUCCAAUUCCUCUGUGUCCUUAGCCUCACCUUUAUCGAGUAGCGCCUCGUUUGAUUUGUGGAACAGCCAUACAAGCAAUCAGCAUCAUCAACAACAACAACAAAUUAGUCGCAGUGCCAUAUUACAGCAACAACAGUCAAUGCAGGGCAGUCCUGUCAGCAACAACAACACCAAUACUGAAACUACCUCAACAGCUGCAACGCCUAACCUCCAGCAGCAACAGCAGCCACAGCAAAUGCAAUCGAGUUUAACGACAACAGCAACGAGUAGCCAACAUUAUGCGGCGCUCGCAAUGCAAAGUGAGUCGCAGUUGGCCGCCGAGUAUGGGCUUACCAUGAGUUCGCCCGGUGACUCCAACGGUUCUACCUCCCCUGUUAAUCAUCACCUACAACACUCCACUACAUCGCACACAUAUCCUGGUCUGCUGCACAUGAAAUCCGAGUAUACCGCCUAUCCCGAUUUCAGCGCAAGUUCAGGCUAUGCCAGUGCUGGCGCCUUCCAUCACCACGCUCAUAAUCCGUGGGCGACAGCAGCGGCAUAUCAACACUCACAUGCCACCGCCUAAGUACCGAUACGAGUAUUGACAAAUCAAUCCCAUUCUGUUAGCGUUGAAUUCAAUAGGACUUAGAGUUGGCUGCUUAUGUAAAUCUAUUACAGUUUUUUUUUUUUUUAUUUUUCAAUAUAGUUGAGAUUAUAUACAAAAUAUAUUCAUUACAAAGUGGCUUUUCGUUGUUGUUGUCUAAGUUUAAUUAACAGAACUAAGAUUUUAUAAUUGUAAAAUUUUU